CAAUCCGCCAAGACUGGCAAACAUAAUUCAAAGUCCCCGCCAUGACUUAUUCUCACCGUUCAGCCCGAAGGCAAAUAUAAGACCCAGUUCGGUUACUUCAAUUUCACAGCCUCAAAAAUGGGGGCAGUCCAAAAUCUGUGUCUUUUGACACUGCUCUUUCUCGGGGCCAAUAUAGCCGCUCAAAUUAAAUCCAGCAGUGCUGCAGGAGACGCCAUAGCCGUGGGAGAAACUCUGACAGGCACCCAAACAAAAUCUUCGGCAAACGGCGUCUUCAAAUUAGGGUUUUUUAAGCUGGAUGGCACAGAAAACUGGUACGCAGGUAUCUUGUACGCCCAAUUUCCGGAGCAGACGGUCGCAUGGCUAAUCAACCAGGAUAGCCCGUUGCAGAACAAUUCGGCUGUUCUGAAUCUCACAGAAAAUGGAAGCCUGGUGCUCUCAUACGGCAGCUCGGUCAUAUGGGCAAGCAACCAGACGUCGAAACCCGUUUCGACCGCCAACAUAACGAUCGGGGGGAACCUGGCCGUAUUUGGAGCCCAAAACAAGUCUGAGAUACUCUGGCAGAGCUUCGAUUAUCCGCAGAACACGUGGAUUCCAGGAAUGAAGAUCAGCGACACCCAGCUGCUGACGUCAUGGAAGAGCCCCUGGGAUCCGACCCCCGGGCUCUACAAUCUCGUGCUGGACAAGCCCAAUGAUCAGUUCAUCCUGGUGGGGAGAAAUUCCGUCAAGUACUGGGAAUCCGGCGGUUGGAACGGCCAAAUCUUCAGUAAAGUCCCUGAAAUGACCCAGGGUUUCGUGUACCUGUUCAACUAUUUCAACAAUGGAACGUACAAGUAUUUCACAUACAGCGUCAAGCCCGGGGUAACUGCUCCGACCCGUUUUGUCAUGUCCGAGUCGGGUGACAUUAAGGUCUACAGCCAGCUGGACAAUACAAAUGUAUGGACCAUGUUUUGGGCUCAACCUCGGGAUCAAUGCCAGGUCUAUGCUCUCUGUGGGGCCUACGGGACCUGCACAACGAACAAUGUUCAGUUUUGCAGCUGCUUGAUGGGUUUCACGCCAGUUGAUAAAAGAUCAUGGGAGGCCGAGGCUUGGUCCGGCGGGUGCAAAAGACGGACCAGUUUAGACUGUGGUACUAAUACCAGCACGGACGGGUUCAUGGAACUCACCGGGAAAUCUUUCCCGGUGGGUGCUGUCCCUGUGGCUGGAUCGACCUCGGAGCAAGAUUGCCGGAGUUCUUGCCUUGGAAAGUGCUCCUGCACGGCUUAUGCUUAUGAUGGUACUGAAAAUUGCACUCACUGGGCCGACGAUUUGCUCGACCUGGUCGACUCGUCGUCGUCGACUGGUUCGCUUUUUGUUCGACUGGCGGCGGUCGACGUUCCGAUCGUCGGGUCGAAAGGUAAGUCGGCGGGGGCGGCCGUUGUGGGCGGAGCAAUUGGCGGCGUCGCCGCUCUUUUGGGUGUGGGAUUUGUGAUUUUCUUCUGCAUCCGGCGGCGGAGAUCACCGCUUCAGUCGGCGGACUAUACUGGUCCUCUCACGGUUUACAGUUACAGAGAGCUCCAAUCUGCGACCAAGAACUUUUCUGAGCGGUUGGGUGGAGGGGGAUUCGGGUCUGUUUUCAAGGGGAGCUUGGGGGAUAAAACCCUGGUGGCGGUGAAAAAGCUGGAGGGGAUCAGCCAGGGAGAGAAGCAGUUUCGAAUGGAGGUCAGUACCAUUGGGACCAUACAGCAUGUCAAUUUGAUCCGUCUCAGAGGGUUUUGUUCCGAGGGCUCCAGCAGAAUGUUGGUUUAUGAUUAUCUACCCAAUGGGUCGCUCGACAAGUGGUUGUUCUCUAAAAAUGAGAGUGCACCAGUCUUGGACUGGAAGACCCGGUUCGGCAUCGCCCUUGGAAUGGCCCGUGGGAUUCUGUACCUGCAUGAAAAGUGCAGGGAUUGUAUCAUUCAUUGUGAUAUUAAGCCGGAGAACAUACUGCUUGAUGGCGAGUUUUGUCCCAAGGUUGCCGAUUUUGGGCUUUCGAAAUUAAUGGGCAGAGAGUUCAGCCAUGUCUUGACGACCAUGAGGGGAACCAGAGGGUACUUGGCGCCUGAGUGGAUUUCGGGCCUGCCCAUUACUCCAAAGGCCGAUGUCUACAGCUUUGGCAUGACUCUGCUUGAAAUAAUUGCAGGUCGGCGAAACAUGGAAGAAAAUACAGAGCAUAGCGGAUGGUUUUUCCCCACUUGGGCUGCUACCCAAAUCAAUCAAGAAAACACCAUGGAUCUGUUGGACAAGAAAUUGAAUGAAAAUGCCGAUGCAGAGCAGUUGAAGAGAGCUGCAAUGGUGGGAGGAUGGUGCAUUCAGGACGAUGAAGAUCUGAGGCCAUCGAUGAGCCAGGUUGUGCAAAUACUGGAAGGCAUUAGCAGUGUCUCUGUUCCUCCCGUUCCCAGGUCUUUACAGGCAUUGGUGGCGAAACCCAAUAGUCUUGUGUUUUAUUGGGAUAAAGAGACAGCACCUAGGUCAAACACUUCUUCAUCCACCAAUUCAAAUGCUGUAAAUAAUUCAGCAAAAGGCUCAGAGAAUUUCUCAAAUUCUCUGACUUCCCUUGACAGCUCUGAAAAUGUCAACAACCAUACAACCUAGGUAGGUACCGCUUAGUUGAUUGGAUAGCUUUUAUUAUUUUAGAUUAAAUGAGAUUCUUGGCUAUAAAUAUUUAAUUUUGAAAAUGCUUAUGGUAUCUCAAGAUUCUAUGGAACUUACUUUUCUAGCUUUGCCCCUAAUCAAUAUUAUAUGUACCAUUCUAAAGUCAAAUGACUAGAACUUUUGUAUACAUAUUUAAAUAUUUUGUUUCGAUGUGUAAUUCAGAAAAUGUUUAUGGCCUCUCAAGAUUCAAUGGAACUUACAUUUCUUAUUAA